CCGAGGGUGAACAGCGAACUACAACUCCCAGCUCGGCCGGGUCCGGCCGAACCGCCCCCCCCGGUUCCUCCUCCCGCCGCCGCCUCCGCCUCCCGCGGUGCCCGGAGAGCGACGGGGCCCGGCGGCUGGAGGGGGCGCAGAAUUAGUCUCAGCAUCGUGGCUUUUCCACCAUGUCAGAGCCCAUCACACUCAACGUUGGAGGAAAACUCUACACCACCUCUCUGUCCACCCUGACUAGCUUUCCCGACUCCAUGCUGGGGGCCAUGUUCAGUGGGAAGAUCCCAACCAAGAAGGACAGCCAAGGCAACUGCUUUAUCGACAGAGAUGGCAAAAUCUUCCGCUAUAUCCUGAACUUCUUACGAACUUCUCACUUGGACCUCCCUGAAGACUUUCAGGAAAUGGGUUUGCUUCGACGGGAGGUAGAUUUUUAUCAAAUUCAGCCACUGAUCGAGGCCUUGCAGGAGAAGGAGGUGGAGCUCUCCAAAGCGGAGAAGAAUGCCAUGCUCAACAUCACCCUUGAUCAGAAGACCCAGACUGUUCACUUUACUGUCCGAGAAGCACCCCAGAUCUACAGCCUGUCUUCCUCCAACAUGGAAGUGUUCAGCGCUCAUAUCUUCUCUACGUCAUGCCUGUUCCUGAAGCUUCUUGGUUCCAAACUUUACUAUUGCUUCAAUGGAAACCUCUCUUCAAUAUCCAGCUACCUGCAGGACGCCAACCAUUUGACCUUGGAUUGGGUUGCAAGUGUGGAUGGUCUUCCUGAAGAGGAGUACACCAGGCAGAACUUAAAGAGACUCUGGGUGGUGCCAGAUAAUAAGCAAAUCAAUAGUUUCCAGGUGUUUGUGGAAGAAGUGCUGAAAAUAGCCAUGAGUGAUGGUUUCUGCAUAGAUUCUGCUCAUCCACAUACUUCAGAUUUCAUGAAUAAUAAGAUUAUUCGCCUAAUUCGGUACAAGUAGGAAUGGCUGUUAUUAUGGUGCCAGCACAGAGAUAACACAGGUUAAGUGUUACCCUUUAAAACACACUUACAGCCUAAUUCAGAAUCAUGCGUAUCUGGAUUAAAAGUCACUAACAGGGAGAUGAUUUUCCUUUAAUGUAUUUACCAACACGACCUUUCAGAAUAUGUCCAUAUUCUAGACAGAAGGAAUAUUGUCAAGCGCCUGAAUUAAGGAUCGGUUCUGUCUCUGCCUCCACCUCUGACCUGCUGUACAAUUGUGGGGAAAAAUCACUUCUGUUCUUCUUACACUUUCCAGAUGAAAAACGGGUGUGAUCCUUCACCUAUAUUGAAACAGUGAUGUGAGGGUUGAGAAAUCAAGGUUCAGAAGGCUUUCUGGAGAUCAGAUGCUGUGGAAGAUGCCACGAAGCUGCAGCACAGCCCAGGGGACACAUUUUCCAUGUCUUGCCAUCUCACCUGUGCAAAGUAUCCAAGAAGCUUGGUUGGACCCACAGAGAAACAUCACCAUGUGCACACACCCGUUGGAACUGUAAAGAAUGGUGCAAAGUGCAAAUGAAUAAUGAUUCCUGUCAGUUUGGGUUCAACAAAGGAUUUUUGUCACCAUCUGAAGCUGGUUUGGUUUUGUUUUUCUGAAGCCUUUGAAGAAGCCCCUGCUCUGUUCUGCUUUCAGGAAAGCUGUGUUGGAAUGAUGUGAUCAGCACAGGGAACAACCAAGGAAGCCAUAGCAGAGAGAACGUUGUUCUUACAAACUGAGAAGAUUGUGGCUGCUGGAGAAACUUUGCUUUGGAUGCUCUUAAACCUUUACUUUCAUAUUCCAAAGGCAUCCAAAAUGACUAGACCUUUUCUUUCUCUUACAAUGUCAUACUUCUCUGGAGGACGCUCCUGAAGACACUUCCUGAGGUGAAGACAUUAAGAGGGCAGAGGUACCCAAAUAUCCUGCAAUAUUUGAGCCUCUUCUGCCUAGAUACGACCUUCUUUUGGGUAUGUCUCCCUCCAGCAGUGCCUGGAGUGCAUGGGAUGCUCUCUGGGUAGGAUGGAUUCCAUCUGAAAAGACAACUUUCCCAUCAGGUUACACUUGGUAUUUUUAAUUACAGAACCAGAGAGUAACUUUUUCUGUCCCAGUACAUUGAGCUGGGGUUUUUUUACAUCAUUGCAAAAUGGUCAGAUCACUGAGGUAGCAUUUUGCCUGCUUGCUUGGCUUUGGUGUCAUUUUCGGAGGUGAGACACCGGGAAAUCGGAGGUGAUGACAAUAGUUGUGCUCUUUCCUACACGCCUCGUCUGUUCUAUAACGAAAAUCAUCAUCUAUUAGCUGCAUAUUAGCUCUAAACAGCAUUUGUGUUACAUUCCUGGUGGUUCCUUCUCAGCUAAUUAUAUUUAAAUGUAUCUUAGCUCUCUUUCCCUAACCAGAUUGCUACAUGUGCAUGAGAGACACUCUAGAACCUAUUCUCCCUAAUGAGAUACAAGGGAAAAUGCAAAAAACACGUUUUGCAUUUAGGAUUUUAGCACUUCCAGAAGUUCUUAGCACAGGGCUGCAAAGCUCAGUAUCACUCGUGUUCUUGUUUCCCAGAGCAACUAGGCCGUCGUUAAUUAAGCUGACCUGCAAACAAGCAUAAAGAAGUGGUUUAUUACUCUUGGAAAACACAGUGAGAUAAAUAUAUUUCUACUGUCCCAAGCUGUAACUGCAUGAACAACACAAACCAGCACGCUGACGAUGAAAAUGCACAUUCUGCAGCUGUUGGCAGCCUGUUACAAACCACUUCCCCUAUCCGACUUGGUGCUAAACCACCAUGAUAUACAUGGGACCAUGUUGUUAGGAGGCACUGACUGGGCUUCAAGCCCUCAGAGCCUUUAAACCUGGCAAGUUUUGUGAAUUUUGAAGAUUGUGAAUGGGAUUUUGUGGCUAAAUUCCAACCUGAGUCGCCACGUUCUUGUAAUUUUAGUUGCGUUAGGAAGAACUCUCUUUAUUGGUUUUUUCCCUAUCCCUAUCCUGAAUUAUAAAGCAGGAGUGAUCUGCUCCGGGGGGUCGCUGGAUGCCACUGAGAAAAAAAAGCAAUUCCUGUGUGGAUCUUAUUUCUGACAUGAGUUUUCCACUCGAUUGGAUGUUCACAGUGAUGCUCUAUGCACGUAAUAUGAUUAUGACCUGUAAAAUACCAUGCAUGAACCCUCUUUCAUCAAAUCUAUGCCUUGGAAACAGGUAUGCCUUUGCUGAAUUUGUGCUAAUGGAGCUUUCGGGGGCUGUUGGCAGUGUUUCUUGUUAGCCCACGCUCUUAAGAGUAGAUUUUAAAUGAUGUAUAACAGGAGUUCUUGUAUGUCAGGGCUAAAAUAAUAUUUAUCUGGAGUAAUUUGUUUCGUGUCAGCUUGAGUUCAUUCAAAGAUAAGAACAGUGGGCUCAAAUCUCCUUUGGAAGGAGGUAGAAGUCUGAUCUAUACCUUUUAGAGCUCCGGAUCGAUACUGCUCUGUUCUGUUACAGCAAAAUAAAAAUAUUCCAUAGGAGACUUGAAUCAUUGCUGCAUUUUCUGGCGAAAGGCAAUUAAGAGGAGUCCAUAAAAGCACUAUGCAUAGCUUAAUCUAGAGCAUUACCUUUGGACUAAACUAAAAGCAGUUAUGCAGUUUCUUAGAAGUCUAAACAAGAAAUGCAGAGCACCCCAACCUGGCCUGGAUGGUAACUGGGGUAAUUCUGCUGACAUGGAUAUAGGGGUUUCAAUCCCCAGAGACUAAGGAAAGAACUAAACCCAGGUCUUCUCCUGGAUGGCUUUAACCCAUUAGUCUAUUAUGCAAAAGAAAGACCACUUGAAUACACAUUUAUCUGUGCUCAGGUAACUAAAUCAGUCAAAGGUGUGGCUGGCCACAAAUCUCUGGCAUUAAUUAAUAUGCAGAGAGAUGCAAAAUUUCCAACAAGUAUAGAGACAUAAGUGAAGACAGGCAUUGAGAGGAAUAGAAAAACUGGAGAUACCUCUGAAUUGCUAAGCAGAAUAAACACCUUUAAGCGUGAGGUACUAUUUAUAAUGCCAGAGUCAUUCUGCCUGCGAACCGAGGAUGUGAAAUAAGCAGUAAGUGAAUCACUUGCCAUCGCAAACAUAUGUUAUACAAACACGGUUGCUAUUUCAGACUGCACAUUGAGCUAAAUUUACAACUGCUCCUUAAUUUUGCUGUCUGUGAGUUGUGUUAUAAUGGCUGUUUAUAGGAAUGUUCUCUCUGCAAAACAUUUGUUCCCUUUUUAUCUAGAUAGCUGGCUUUUGUUUACCUUCUUUUCCUAAGCCCUGGAGGUGUCACUUGCUUUUGUUCACCAGUCAACAGCACCGCUGAUUCUUCUUCUCAAGAGUUUGCCUGAAUUAAAGACUAGUGAACAUGCACAUUAAUUACAGCGCAACCCCAUUGAAAAGCACUUGGCACUUAUUACCACUUAUUUCACUGUUGAGAGGAAUAUUCACUCUCAGAACAAACUGAUUUUUUUUCCUGUAAGGGCCUGAGAACAAGGAAAGGAGAUUUUUUACCUUAAAGUUUGAAUGAUAUUUUCUUCCACGUGUCGGUGCAAAACUCCUGUUCUGGUUCUGCCAUGUCACCGUCUCCCUCAACAUCUUCAUCUACAAAAUGAGGCCAAGUCCUGCACUUUACUUUUUUAAUGGCUUGAACACUGAGAGAGCCGCUGAAUAGAGCGAUCAAUAGUGUUAGAGCAAAAAAAAAACCCAUAAAUAAGUUAUUAGCUGCAGUGUAAUGGCAUUUUCAGAUAUGGGCAUAGCACAGUGGGAUUUCUUAUAUGAUAAAAGUGUGAUUAUGAAGCAUCUUAGUGGAGUCCAGAAAGAAUCACUUAUGGAUAUCUCUAUGUGCUUUCUAGGCUUGAUAGCUCUUAAAUAUCUAACAAUAUCCAGUUAUAAUGCAGGGACUAAAAUGGUACAUAAAUACUAAGAUAUCUUUAGUUCAUGCAGCUAUUUUUGAAGGUUGUUAGGAGUCAGUGAGAGGAGUAUUUGUUGCUGCAAGUAAUGGUAGGGAAAUCAAAUAAACAGGUGUAAAAAUUAUACCUGGAAGAAUUCAGAAGGGAGAGAAUAAAGAAUGUUGACGUGUUCAGGAAAAAACCCAGCGAGAUAACAACAGAGACAAAAGAUUUUGCUACGGAAGGAGCCUGCGCUUGGAAUGACUCACUGGUCCCUUUCCAGUUUUAAUCUCCUAUUAUGCAACUUAAAUAUUGGUCAUGCCAAAAGCUACAUUAGUAACUUGUCAGGAGGAGAUAGCUUUGCGGAAUAAACCAGGACAACCUGCAAUCAAUCAGAUUCAUUCCCAUUCCAGGAAAGGCUGGUGGGGUCCACAUAUAAGGUUGAUGGGAGUGAUAAACGUUGCCUUCAGCUAUACACUGCAGAAAAUAUAUCUAGGCUGAUACUCGUAGAUAAGUGGAGAAGUUAUGAAAAAGAUCCUUUGAGGAGUUUCAUUUUCACCCCAUCCCUUUGAAUUUGGUAUCGGUGCUCAGAAUGUCAAUAUGUUUUGAAAUAUUUAACCACUGUUCUGUAAUGACUCCCAUAUCCACGCACUGAUGGGCACAAAUGUGCGGGGUACGAGUGGUGCUAAUGUGUGGCCCUCCCAGUAAAAGUCUUGUAUGUGCAUUAGUAGAGCCAGUUGUAUAGAUAUUCUGUGCGAGAAGGGCUGGAUUGAACAUAAAUAUGCAGAUCAUUCUCUCAGAUUCACUUGGGACCAACAUGAGGAACGUUUUCCCUAUGAAUCCAGAAAAAAAGGAGCUUUAGGGGAGGGCUGUAUGGAAUAAUUCCUUUUCUCUUCCUCUUUUUGCCACUCCCCCUUCUGUUUUCUUGCUCCUACUCCUAACCGUGGGAUUCUCCCGUUGAUCAGAAUUUAAUCCCAAAUUCACUAAAAUCCAUGUUUUUGAAUGUAUACUAUUUGUCAAGUGUCAAAGGAUGGUUUUGAUUUCUUACCACUUUCAUAGAAAGCCUGUAGGGCUAUCGUAUUUAAAAACCUGGUUGCAUUUCUCCGCCUGUAACUCUUUUGUGAACUUACCACUGUGCAUUUUAGAAAACAGUAAAUAAAAUGUGAAUGAAGCAAA